AGAAGCCUCUGAACCUUUUUUGUCUCAGAGUCCAUUGGCCACAGAGAGGCUUAAAGGUCGCUUGUUUUCCAGCUCGCAGCCACAUUUCCUCUCCUGUUUGUUGGAACAACGUUUAAAUGUUUUUCACCUGGACUUUGCUGGCCCUGCUUUUUACGUUGAUUUUACUAUAUGGAAUAUGGCCAUAUCGGUUCUUCAAAAAGCUGGGGAUACCUGGACCUCGGCCCCUGCCUUUUAUUGGAACAAUGCUGGGCACGAGGAAGGGAUUUCUUGCUUUUGACAGAGAGUGCCAUGCCAAGUAUGGGGACAUCUGGGGGUUGUACGAUGGACAUACGCCGGUGUUAAUGGUGACCGACCCUGAGAUUGUUAAAACUGUGAUGGUAAAAGAGUGCUACUCUUUAUUUACCAACCGCAGGGAUUCUGGUUUCUUCAGCGAACCUCUGGAUGAUGUAGUGGCAGCAGUGAAAGACGAACGGUGGAAACGGAUUCGCAACACUCUGUCUCCAUGCUUCACCAGUGGAAGACUGAAACAGGUUUUUCCCCUCGUUGCUCGCUAUGCAGAACGACUUGUUGCAAAACUUAAGGAAACGAAUUUGGAUGAACCCAUCAAUGUCAAACAGUUUGUAGCUCCUUACAGUUUAGACACUGUGACCAGUGCUUCUUUCAGUGUGGAGACAGACUCCAUAAACAAUCCAAACGACCCUAUUAAUGUUCACAUUAUGAAGGUCCUUAAAGUCAACACUGGGCUUUUCUUUUUGCUAAUGGCAUUUCCCCUCAGUCGUCGUCUGUUAAAGCAGCUCAAAAUUGAGAUCAUGCCCAAAAAAAACAUAAACUUUUUCCUCAACAUCAUCAAGCAAUUUAAAGAUGAGCAUCGUGAAGCCAAAUUUACACGACCAGACUUCCUGCAUGUGUUGAUUCAGAGUGAGAUCCCAGAAAAGAACUAUAAGGACAAUGAAGAACAGCCAAGUAAAGGUUUGACUGAACAUGAGAUCCUUUCCCAGGCCUUCAUCUUCACCCUUGGAGGCUACGACACCACUAGUAACACUGUUACUCACACCCUUUAUAAUCUGGCUAAAAACCCUGAUGUGUUGCAGACCUUGCACAAAGAAAUCGAUGAUAACCUGAAGGAAGAUGCGCCCAUUUUAUACGAGGAGCUGACCAGUCUAAAGUACCUGGACCAAGUUAUACUUGAAUCAAUGCGACUGUUUCCCAUUGCUCCUCGCCUCGACAGGGUGUGCAAAAAGACUGUUAAAGUGAAUGGCCUCACCAUCCCUGAGGGAACCGUGGUUGGAAUUCCUGUGUGGGUGUUGCACAAAGACCCACGCUACUGGAACUCACCUGAGCUUUUCAGACCAGAGAGGUUCAGUAAAGACAGCGGGGAGGAGGUGAACCCAUAUGCGUACAUGCCAUUUGGACUCGGCCCUCGUAACUGUGUUGGGAGGCGCUACGGCCUACUCACCAUGAAGAUGGUUAUUGUCCGUCUCUUGCAGAAGUACACUUUGGAAACAUGCAAAGAGACCAUGAUUCCACUUGAGUUUGACUGGAAGUUUGAACCUGUUCAGCCAGUAAAACUCAAGUUUGUUCCCAGAAAAGAGUAAUCUAAGAGGGAACGUCUCCAAAUCCCAUCAAACAUGUUUUUAUAUCUGCUGCCAAGAUAAAUUCACUGAGUUGAUAUUUUCAACUAUUUUAAAAUGUUAUUGAAUGAGAGCAGGUUAAACAUCUGAUUUUGCUGUGUUGAUCUCUUUUUAUUACUUUUAUUUAAAUUGUGUUGAAAAAUUGAUCUAUUUUGUGUCCAAAAGUUACACCAGUCGGUGUCUUAAAUGGACCUUACACUCAAGAGAUUUUGACUUUAACGUUUAUACAUUUUUAAAUUGUAAUUGCAUUUAUUAAAUCAUAAGGCUACUGCUUGUGCGAUACACCUCACUGAUCACUGUAGUUUUAUUAUUGGUGGUAUCUGUCUCCACCUAGCUUCAACAGCUGGCAACAAGCGUUGAUUUGUUCUAAACUUUGACGACUGUCCAUUGCUGGUUAUAUAGAAAGAAAUUUCAGAUUGUGUCAUCAAAUGCAAAUACUUGUAUCGCCUGUUUACCGUCAGUGUCUUUCAUGUUUUCACAAUAAAAUAUGUCCAAAAUCCAAA